AUGUGCGUAGGAAGAGGAGGUGCCGGUGGCAACAAGCUCCGCGUAACUCUCGGUUUGCCGGUUGGCGCUAUUAUUAACUGUUGUGACAACAGUGGAGGUAAAAAUCUUUACAUCAUUGCUGUGAAGGGUAUCGGAGCAUGUCUGAACAGGCUUCCAUCCGCCGCUGUUGGUGACAUGGUACUUGCUACUGUGAAGAAGGGAAAGCCCGACCUUAGGAAAAAGGUACACUCUGCUGUUAUCGUACGUCAACGCAAGGCCUGGAGGCGCAGAGAAGGUUACUUCAUAUACUUCGAGGACAACGCUGGUGUCAUCGUAAACCCCAAGGGUGAAAUGAAAGGGUCUGCCAUUACCGGCCCUGUCGCUAAGGAGUGCGCCGAGUUGUGGCCUAAGAUAUCGGCUGCCGCUCCUUCGAUUGUCUAA